GUUAGGCUGACUCCAUCUGUAACGACACGAUUCUGAAGUUUAAUUAGGAGAAGAAUAGAAUUUCCGUUCAAGAAUAGUUGAGCCGGUCUAUUGUGAGCUGUUUCGUCAAUUACUUACUACAACAUAACUGGAGAAAAAAACAGAUCUGACGACAUGAAACAGAUUGUGUGCAGUAGUGGGCUAGAGAGUAUAGAGAUCCAGUCGAGUAAAUUGGGCAAGCCGUGGGCGUUGGAGUAAAUCGGACUGCGAGGUUGAAUGAAUCGUACUCAUUCAAGUCUUGGCAGUGCAGCAGUGUUCAACAAGUCAGCAGCAUUCAAAGUGAGAGCAAAAUCUGCAACCCCGAUUCGGGAGAAGCUGCGUGUGCUGCUACCGAUGACCUUUCCUCGUUGAUAAGCUGUGUUCUAACGGUAGUCGUCAUUAGUGAAGAAACCGGUAUACGUCUUCCGUCCGGCCGAAUUGCUGCCCUUAGAAUUAACAGUAGUGCACAAAACCCCACUCAAACAUGUCGCUGUUUGGACUGGUCUCGUCGGUGGCCGGCUUCAUCAAAGUGCGGUAUCUGAUCGAAAAAGCCAUCAUCGAUAACAUGGUCUUCCGGUGUCACUAUCGGUUAACCAGCGCGGUACUCUUCCUGUGCUGCAUGCUAGUGACGGCGAACAAUCUGAUCGGUGACCCAAUUUCCUGCAUCAAUGACGGAGCCGUGCCCGGUCAUGUGAUCAACACGUACUGCUGGAUCACGUAUACCUUCACGCUACCGGGACAACACGGUCGCCCGGUGGGAACGUCGGUGGCGCACUCCGGUCUCGGCAACGAGUACAACCAGGAACGGACGUAUCACAGCUACUAUCAGUGGGUACCGUUUAUGCUGUUCUUCCAGGGUAUACUGUUCUAUAUGCCCCACUGGAUCUGGAAGAACUGGGAGGAAGGCAAAAUGCGCAUGAUCUCCGAUGGACUGCGCGGUAACAUGACUCUCGGGGUGGGCGAACGCAAGGGACGCCAAACGCGGCUUGCCAAGUAUCUGUGUGAGAGUAAGAAUACCCACAAUGCGUACUCCUUUGGGUAUUUCAUCUGCGAGGCGCUCAACUUCAUCAAUGUCGUCGGCAACAUUUUCUUCGUGGACAAAUUCCUAGGCGGUGCUUUCCUUACAUACGGCUCGGACGUACUAAAGUUCAGCGACAUGGACCAGGAAAAUCGGUCAGAUCCCAUGAUAGAGGUCUUUCCCCGUGUCACCAAGUGUACAUUCCACAAAUACGGAGCAUCCGGAAGCAUCCAGAAACACGACGCCCUCUGUGUACUGGCGUUGAACAUUCUGAACGAGAAAAUCUACAUCUUCCUGUGGUUCUGGUUCAUCAUCCUGUCGGUCCUCUCCGGGCUGGCAAUCCUCUACUCGGCCGCCAUACUGAUGAUGCCCACCACUCGCGAAGCGGUACUGAAGCGUCGCUUCCGCACGGCGACGGCCAAACAGAUCGAAACCUUCAUCCGCCGAAUCCAGAUCGGCGACUUUCUGAUGAUCCACCUGCUCGGGCAGAACAUCAACGUAACGUCCUACUGUGAGGUGCUGAAUUCGUUCAUCAGCAUGCUAAAUGAGGAACAGGCACUGCGCCGCGACACUCCGUCGGCUCCAUCGACGCUUGAAAUGGCACCGAUUUAUCCGGAAAUUGGAAAAUACGGUAAAGAAACAGAAACCUAAACGCACCCUACCCCCCUUACAAUCCGUUUGGCUGUAGAACAAGCACCAUCAUGGUCUCCGGGACUUGCUGCCACCAGGCCCCGGUCGAUCUGUGUGCUGACAAUGUGACAAAAUUUCAUAGGUCUCUAACGCAAACCCUGUUUUCCGAUUUCCACACUUCAUUUCACAGACAAGGAGAAGGCAGCCCUGCAUCAGGAAUACGAAGCAUAGGAUCUAUAGAGCUGUGUGUAGAACAGAAUAUAGUGUGAGCGAGAGUAGUGCGUGAUUCGUGAAUGUGACAGACAUUUUUUUUAAUCUGUGUGAAUGCGUACAGCCGUCAGAAACAUUCCCACUCCCACUAAACAGGCGGAUCAGCAAGUCGAAUGUGGUUGUAUAAUGUACGAAACUAGGCCAUGAGAGUGCAUGUGUAAAGUCUAAAGUUUUGUCUGUGACGAGCCCGCCUCGGGUAGAAGCAAUGCGAUUUGUAAGGAACCGAUUUUUUCUCGGUUCCGGUGAGGAGAGUGAAAAGGAGCUAUAUUUUACCUCGUAGAGUUUUUAGACAAAGUAAUGCAGCGCGCAAUUUCUCCCGGUAAACGGAAUUCCAACGUCAGAAUCAAUCAGCUUCGUAGGGCAAAAAUUGUAAAUGAGAAGACUGUCACUUUUUGAAAUUUUAUUUUUUAACAGAGAGCAAAACACAUUUAGAAGAAGAAAAAAUAGUAAGCCAACAUACGAAAGUGCUUUAAAUUUUAGCAUAUUUUUCGGGUCAAAAUUGUGGUUUGUAGCAUUUUACAUAAACAAAAAAAGUAUAGUAUUAAAGAAAGCCGAUCCUAACCGUGAUAGUAAACGUUAAUAUUAAAGACAAUCGACGUAGGAGAAGGAACGAAGGGGCCACCCGAGGACAAUAUUUUUUUCAAACAAAUUGCCAUACAAUAGGAAAACUAAACAUUCUCACACGCCAACAAACAAUCAACACAAUAGGCUAGAAAAACGCGGUACAAUAAUAUGCAACAAAAUACACGUUCAUGUGUAGGUAGUGCUCCAAAAAAAAUGGUUAGUUUAGAAAAAGCGAUCGCAAAAACGCAAGCAUUUAGAACAUCUUGUAAUAAUCGUGUAACCGCACAUUUUUUUUGAAACGUCGACGAAUAACACGAAACACUACCCAUCAUUUUAGUAGAUAGAACAAUUUCAGAAAGCAAACUCGAUUUGUGUACGUUAAAUAUGAGCUGCCUUAGGAAGUGGAAUAAAGCUAAAAAAUAUAUCGAAUAUGUAGGAAACAAACUCUCAUCUCAUUAGAAUCUAACGAAAGUCUAGUAAGAAAGCAUUUUAUCGUCAGAAUCUUUUAGUUUUUUUUAAUAUCCUCUAGAAUAUAGGUAGCAUCUUUCUCCAUUUUGUAGUCGAAAGGGCCCGACCGCAGGUAGUGUAGGAUAGUGGUAGGGUUCUGCCAAUUAAAUGAGAAAAACAAAUACAACAUAACAAAAGACACUCAAAACAGGAGCAAUUCCACGAUAUACGCGAUGUGUGCUUCACACUUGCCAGGUUCCUGCCGAGAAUUCCCGACCCAGAUCUUGCAUCGAUUUCUGCAUGUUCUGUGGCGAGGACGACGACGACGACUGGUCGGUCGUACGACAAAAACGCCGAGUGAGACCACGCAAAUACUACUUUUUUCCAACUUGCAAGAUGAGGAGAGAAAUUUUAUUGUGAUAAGAUACAAGUUUAGAGAAAAUAAAACGUUUUAUAAGAAAGGGA